GCGGCCAGCAGCUGAGGUGCAGUCAUGGAAGUAAGAGGCCAAACCUCAGCCUUCCUGGAUGACAGCAAUUCCAGGAGUGGCCGAGUGGCGACACGCAGCAUGGUGACCAGGAUGUGGUGGCUGGCGGUCAGUCAGGCUGUCAUCGCCGUUUGCCUUAAAGAGACCGCGACAUUCCACCAACUGGAUGGUAACAGUUUCGUGCAGUUCAACUCCAUUAGGAACAUCACGGACUUCAUAAACUUCUAUAACAUCGAACUUCCGCCCGUUGAAAAAUCCGUCACAGACGAUGUUACCACGUCCUCGGCUGGCAGUGCGGCGCGGGACGAAGACACCAUCGACACGGCUAAAAUGGCGCUGUGUGAACCUGAGCUGCAGACAGUGGUGCUUGACCUGCCCAAGGAGCCCGGCACCGUCUUCUACCCGCCUUGUGUGAGGCUGGAGCGGUGCGGGGGCUGCUGCUUGAGUUCUCUCCUCACCUGCAGACCCACACGCACAGAGACAAUCAGGUUGAUGGUCCUGAAGGCAGUACUGAAGCACAGCAAGAUCCCCGCCACCAGCGACAACUCACUACCAUCGAGUCACUACAAGUCUCCCUCGAGUUACGUGGAAGUGGAGGCAACCCGGCACGUGGAGUGUGCGCCAGGCUGUGUGGUGCAGGAAAGAGACUGCAACCCAGCCAUCCACGUCUACCUGGAGAGUGACUGUGCCUGCACCUGUAAGAACAAGGACGAGAAGGAGGCGUGUGAGGAGCAGCACCGCAUCAAGUAUUGGGACAACGACACCUGUGUCUGCCGCUGCUUGCGACCUGUUGACUGCAGCACCGGCGAGGCCUUCUCCCAGACCUCCUGCAGGUGUGAGAAGGAGUAAGCGUCACCUGUCGGCCAGCACCCGCCUCACUGCACGUGGCCGCGCAACCUGAACCUGGCGAGCAACACACGGCCAGUAAACACAAGCUGAGUAUCCGAUGAAAGAAAAGAAACAGCAGAAAGGAAAAAAAAUAAAUGCAAGUGAGAAAGAGAAAGAAAUACAAGGGAAAGGAGGGUGGAGAGUUACAUUACAUAAAGUUUUGUGAUACGGACUGCCUGAAAAAUCAUUAAUUCGACAUGUACUUAAUCAGUAUAGUAAUCAGUAUAGAAUAAGAAAUAAUGGGUUCAAGCUUGAAAAAAAAGUAGGUUCAAGAAGGAGGCAGGAAGGAACUGGUUCUCCAAUAAAGUGCCAGGUGAGUGGAAUGAACUCAGUGAUCAGGUUGUUAGUGCUGAGUCACUGGGGAGCUUGAAAAGAUUAGACAAAUUUAUGGAUGAGAAUGAUGGAUGGAAACAGGUGGGUAUGUUUCUUACAGGGAUUGCCACGUGUAGUAGUCCUGUUGGCUUCUUGCACCUUCCCUUAUUUUCUUAUGUUCUUAUAUUCUUAUGUUUAUAAAUGCAAUAGCAAUAGUACUUAUGAUUUAUUAUCAUACGUUUAUUGCAAAAUUCAGUUAUACUGUUACUUAAAAGUAAUACUGAGAGAAAAAAUAUUCGAUAUGCUGUAAAAGUGCUAUAAAAGUUUAACUAGUCUAAU